CGGCAGCGGCGGAAGUGACGGCAUCGGCCCCGGCCUGGCAACCGUUGCCAAGGCAACCGGGAGAGAGGCGCGCUCUGGGGCCGUGGCCGUCCCGUUACCUCAGGGCGCUGCCGCUCCUCCGGCCGGACCCGCGGGGGCCGCCUCCCCCUGCAGUCUCCGUGAGCGUUCGGAUCUUCCCUUCACAGGGUUUGGGGCUGAGAGGGCGGCGGGGCUGGGCCCGGGGCCCGCUCACCGCCUCAGGGCUGCAGUGAGGCCUCGCUGAGGGGUUUUUCCAGGACACGAUCAUGAGUGAUCAAAUCCAGUUCAUUGUUGAGAAGCUCAAUCAGGAGCCCUUCAGGAAGAACUACAAUUUAAUCACGUUUGACUCCUUAGAGUCAGUGCAGCUCUUGCAGCUGCUCAGUGAUGUUCUGGGGGAGAUUGACCCAAAGCAUGUUGUUGACAUUAGAGAGGAGCUGCCAGAACAAACAGCUAAAAGAAUGUUGACCCUGCUUGGUAUCCUUAAAUACAAACCCCCAGGGAGUGUGACAGACUUGAGUGGAUUUCGCCAAGGGUUGGUGACUGGAAGCAAGCCUGUAAUCCAUCCUCUGUUACAUUGGCUUCUUCAGAGGACCAAUGAACUCAAGAAAAGAGCUUACCUGGCACGUUUCUUGGUGAAAUUGGAAGUGCCAGCAGAGUUCCUGCAGGAUGAUACAGUGGCUGACAUCAACAAACAGUAUGAAGAACUGAUGGAAGCAUUCAAAAACCUUCAUAAGGAGUGUGAGCAGCUGAAAACAUCUGGUUUAUCUACUGCAGAAAUAAGAAGGGACAUCAGUGCAAUGGAAGAGGAGAAAGAUCAACUCAUCAAAAGAGUAGAGCGUCUUAAGAAGAGGGUGGAGACAGUACAAAAUCAUCAACGAAUGCUUGAAAUAGCAAGGCAGCUUCGUUUGGAGAAAGAGAGAGAAGAAUCUUUGGCUCAACAGAAACAAGAACAAAAAAAUCAGUUGUUCCAUGCAGAGCAGAGACUGCAGAGAGCACAGCUCCAGCUGAAAGAAAUGCAUCAGGCAGUGGUGGAUUCAAAACCUGAAAGUUUAAUGAAGAAAUUAGAAGAGGAGAUAAAUUUCAAUUCAUACCUGGUUACUGAAAAAAUACCUAGAGAGAUUGAAAAUAAGAAGAAUUCAGAAUAUCUCUUACAAAGGGUGGUUGCAGAGCCAGCCAUGAGUCAGUCUGAUCUCAGUGAAAUUGAAGCUAAGAUAAUGGAGGUACGUACAGAAAUUAAUCAGCUUACUGAGAAAAGAAUGAUGAAGCAUGAGCCAGCUGAGAGUAAAUUUUCCAUGUAUCGCCAGCAGGCAUCCAUAAUUUCCAGGAGAAAGGAAGCCAAGGCAGAAGAACUUCAGGCUGCUAAGGAAGAGCUGUCCAGCACAGAGAAACAGAUGAUGCAGAAGAGCAACCAGGCCCAGGAGUUGGGAGGCUCUGAAGUUCCGAGGGGGGAUGAGUUUAAACACUAUGUCAAUAAGCUCCGGAGCAAGAACACAUUUUAUAAAAAGAAACGACUGGAAAUAGCAGAAAUUACAGCUGAGUAUGGGAUCCUCCAGAGGACAGAAGAGCUCCUGAAACAGCGCCACGAGGCUGUUCAGCAGCAGUUGCAAGCCAUUGAAGACAAGAAAGGGAUUUCUGGAUACAGUUACACCCAGGAGGAGCUGGAAAGAGUAUCUGCAGUAAAGAGUGAGGUGGAUGAAAUGAAAGUCCGGACACUAGAUAACAUAUCUGAAAUGGUGAAAAAGAUGAAUGCCAUGAUAGCAGAGAAGAAGGCAAGCUUAGCUCCAGUUAUCAAAGAACUGAGACAGUUACGCCAAAAGUGCCAGGAAUUAACUCAAGAAUGGGAUGAAAAAAAAAUCCAAUAUGACAGCUGUGCAGCAGGGUUAGAGAGCAACCGUGCUGUGCUGGAACAGGAAGUGAAGGGACUUCUGGAGGAGUGUGCUCAGGAGGAGAGCAACUACCGCUACAUCCACUGCAUGAAAAGGAACCUAGAAGUACAGCUGCAGCGUGCUAAAGAAGAAAUGAAGGCUUAUGUCUCCUCAGACCCACAGGAGAGACGGAAGGCGAUUCGGGAGCAGUAUACACGCAUGAUCCUUGAACAAGAAAACCUUGGGAAGAAAUUACGAGAGAAGCAAAAAGUUGUACGGGAAAGUCAUGGGCCAAAUAUGAAACAAAUGAAAAUGUGGCAGGAUUUUGAGAAGUUAAUGGAAUGUAAGAGGGAAUGUUUUCUGAAACAACAAAAUCAAACAGCCAUUGGGCAAGUCAUUCAGGAAGGAGGCAAAGACAGGCUUGUGUUAUGAACUCUUCCUUUGAUAUCAACACUAAGUAGGAAGACAGUGUGUUGGCUUCCUAAAGGUAACCUCUUACUAAAUGUUCUUGGUUUUGUCAUUUCUACAUAAAUUUGUUGUGAAUUAUUUGGUUUUGGUGGAUAAGCAAAGAGAGGAAUUCUGUGGAGCUUUUUCUCCAUUGUUUUAAGUGACAACACAGUGUGGUUAGGAAGAUCUGUUCUGAGAGCUGUGCUGGGGUGAACCUCAUUGUAAAUCUUUGUUUUAUGAGGCUGGGAAUGGCAUGCAUCUGCUGAGAGAUCAAAGGGAAAGAAACCCUUCUCCAGGGUCACAGAAAACUUGCGUAAUUGCUCUGCUCCUUACUCUCUAUCACUAAGGUUACAUUUUUGCAAGGCCUGGGACUUGGUAUUGUAUAAUUGUGGCCCUCCUGGCUUGGCCCUCCCCUUCCCUAUUGUCUUUAUUCAUCCAGUGUGACUGGCAAGAAUGGAGCUGGUUUUGCUCUGAGCUGCACAGCCCUUGCCUGCACACUCCUGGCCAUGCUUUCCUUGCAUGGUUGAAUUAAAGUGAUUGUGCUUCCAGGAGACAGUUCACUGCCACAGCGUCAGGGGUAGGUUCAGAGAACAAUUGCUUGGAUUCUGAGCUUUUUCCAUUAUCUUUUGCUGUUGUUUUUAACAAAUGUACUUUGCCUGCACAUACACCUUCUCAUUUUUCUGAGUUGUCCAUGUGGUGGUGUAAACUGACUAGAGGUUUUCUCCAUUGAGUGAGGCCAUUUUGUGCUGUUUUGUCUGUGCUGUGUGGUUCCAGAGUGAUGACACUCCCCAGACUGGGUCAUCCCAGGGUAGGAGGGUUAUUGAUGGAUGUAAAUACAGCACAGUGGCUCUUGCACGAGUCAGGGGGUGCCAGAUGGGUAGAUGGGCAGCCCUUGCACUCUGGUUUUGACCCGUGAGCCACAGGGGUCACUGUCCUUAACACUGCACUGUGAGACCCAGAGCUGAGCCAGGGCAAGGGGAUUGCAGGUGAGGUCUGAGAGGGUCCCUCACAUUUCAUCAGUUUGGAUGAGCACCUCAGCCACAAUCCCUGAUCAGAAGCAGAGAGAUGAGCCUGCAGGACCAGAACUCCUCCUAAUCAUCUUCAGUCUCUUGGCUUGUUGAAUUUCUAGAUAGGUUUGGGUUUUGUUUUGGUUUUUUUCCUGCCUGAUGCAGAAUAUCUUUUCAGGACGUUAAAAAUAAUGUUGCUUUCUUUUGAUACCUAUCUGUGAUAUCUUCUGCUGUUUUCUAUAUCAAGAGAGAGUAUGGUAAUUAUACAGCUCCUAGUUUGCCUUUGCAUUAAAUAUAUUUGUUAACAGAACUAAAAUAAAAUCCAAUUACU